CGCCCAUCCCUGCUCUGCCUGUCGAGUCCCUGAGUCCCCGUUGCCGUCUCUCACUCUCAGCCCCUCUCUCACGCCGUCAACAGACCCUCGCCGUCGACACUGUUGGUCCGUUCUGUUCUCCUCCACUUCCAGUUGUUCCCGAGGCUACAGAAUCACAGAUAUUGUUUUCCCCUCUCUCGGCGAGCUAAUCGAAAUUGAAGAAUAAGGAGGAAUAUAAGAACAAGAACAAGAACAAGAAGGUGGGAUGUCAUACCUGCUGCCGCACCUGCACUCUGGAUGGGCUGUAGAUCAGGCCAUCCUGGCUGAGGAAGAGCGACUCGUCGUCAUUCGUUUCGGCCAUGAUUGGGACGAGACCUGCAUGCAGAUGGAUGAAGUGCUAGCAUCUGUUGCUGAGACACUUAAGAACUUUGCUGUAAUAUAUCUUGUGGACAUCACCGAGGUGCCUGAUUUCAACACAAUGUACGAGCUCUAUGACCCAUCCACAGUCAUGUUCUUCUUCCGAAACAAGCACAUUAUGAUUGACCUUGGCACUGGAAACAACAACAAGAUUAACUGGGCUAUGAAGGACAAGCAAGAGUUCAUUGACAUUGUUGAGACGGUGUAUCGUGGUGCAAGGAAGGGUCGUGGUUUGGUUAUUGCACCGAAGGACUACUCCACCAAGUACCGCUACUAAGUCCACAUGCAAGUUGAAGUUGAAUUGAGGUUUGUAAGAUCAUUUGUCGAAACCUAGCUGCAUAUGCAUUAUUUUAAAAAGCUGGAGUUCUUUGAAAACUUGUUGCUUUGAACUUGAAUUCGAAGAAGUCAAUGAUCAGUGAUCACAAGGAGGGCUUUCUAUGCUUGACAGAACUCCUGGACAUGUACCAAGAAAGUGCUCUUUAAACGAAAUUAACUACUACCA